AUGGUGUGCUGUUUCGCCGUCUUGUGGUACGGCUGCCGGCACAAAUCUCUUCUCAAAAUUGGCUGCACGAAAGACUGCGCCGAUUUUUGCGAGCCACAAGAGACUCUGCUGGUGGCCAAGUCGCUUCUCUGCUGCGAAACCUGCGUCAAGGCAGAAAACGAGCACGAGAGGCAGCGCCAGACCCGACAACGCAGUUUUUUCCGUGCCACGGAGCUGCGAAAGAUCCCACCGAGAACAGCUUAUAUUAAGGAUGCGGGGGAGCGGGAAGAACUACGGGAGAAGCUGCAGCAUGGUCUGCGCGCAGGCCAAGAGAGACAGGCGGAGGACAUGGAGGAGAAAAUGGAAGACUGUGGGUACAAAACGGAUUGCGCCGAACAGUGGACGAACGACUAUGCAGAGAACAUUUGGCAGCUCAAGUACGCGGAAUGCGAGGACUCGAGGGGCUUUGAGGAGGAUCUACUUGAGAUGAAGAAUGAUAUUGAGCAUUGCGAGGAAUUUGGUUGGAGUAUCGUUCACGAGUCUACGUGGGAUGCAGACUAUGCCGAGGAGAGUGACGACAGAAUCGUGCCGCAGAUCGAAUGCAGCAAGCUCCUCGGAACCAAGCCCGGCAGCGCGUCAACCGCCGGCCGAGCCUCCUGCACCGGCCGCCAUGCGAUCACCAACAUACACUCUGACUGCAGCAGUGGCACCGCAGCCAACGCAGGCUCAGAGAAAGGAUUUGACAGACCGAGAAUUGAUGCCGCCGCCUCCGUUGGCGACUCCACGAGUCCCAAAACCUUUGGCAAAACCUUCAUUGCCGACUCCGAAAAUGUCAGGGGCAAGGCUCCUGUCACCACCGCCUUCGUCUGCAUCCCAAACCCCGUCGGCAACCCGAACGUCGCCGGCUCAGUUGCCGGCUCGAGAAUAAACCCCCGAUAUGGAGCAGCCAAGACCACCCGCGAGCUUUUAACAUCUUGA